CAAACAGAUAAAAAUUAGAUAAAAAUUAAGUUUAAAAUUAUUCGAAUUAAAAUUGAUUUAAAAGCAGUUAUCGGACACUUUUAAACCUUUAUUUUAAAAUGCUCUUUUCACACAUUUGUCACUCUCGCUCACAAUAGUAACAGAAGGAAACAUUACCAAUGGGAUCCUACAAAUGGGCCGAUGUCGCAAGCAGCGAAUCAUGUGCAUCAUUUGGACGUACAACACUGAUGUUAUUGGAACGACGUGAGCGUUAUGGCACUCACAAGGGUUACCUCGACUGCUCGAACAAGUUGAUUGAUGGCGGUCUUGGCAAGUCGUCUCAUUUCAUGUUCUUGCCUAACGACUCUUACAUUGACAAGAACUCUAUCCCUGAGUUGCACGAGAGUAAACUUAACCUCAACAAGAUUAACAUCAACACUAACGUCGAGAACCCCGUCACAGAUAACAACGUGUUGGACGAUGAUCUCUUAUCACCAUUACUCUACACCAAUUCUGACCUCCCCCCUGAUAAUAAUCCCAAAUCAUUCGCAAACUUUCUAAACAAUUCCACUCACACUCCCAACCUUGUCAAUAAAACUAACUCAACCAAGUCAACCGAACCUUCAUUACCGACACGAGCAAAGUAUACAGCUAAUACAACUAACAUUAGUAAUGUUAACCCUAAAAAUGUUAACCUCACUAAUUUUAAACCUGUUAGUGCUAACUCUGGUGAAACUGUCAACAGUAGUAAGGUUGAUAAGAUAUGUAAUGUAAAUGAUAGUUUAAGAGAGGAAGACAAUAAUGGUAGUAUAAGCAGUCGUGUUAAAUACAAACACUCGUUGAACGCGAUUAACCAGUUAAACCACAAGGCUGGUGAGGAAAAAGAUUUAUGUGAUAAGAGUAGUGUACAGAAGGGGCCUGAUAAAAUGUGUAAAUCAGGUGAAAAGCGCUUGAACAGUGGUGUUGAAAAUUACUAUGACGAGGAGACGAAAAAGAUAAUGAACCCAACGAAGAAGUUUAAGGACGGUAUUAAAAUGUCAAAAAAAGAAAAGGAAGAGAUAUCUAAGGUACUGCUUACAGAGCUGAACAAGAAAUCUAAACCCUUACUGAACGAUGACAAUACUCGCUUUUAUAGUCGUCUUAAAGAUAUCGCUAUAGGAAAGGCAACCAAAGGUUAUCAAAACUAUAUAAGAAUGGUGCCUAAGGAUGAACGUGGACCUGACGAUCCUCAAACUCCAAACACAAAAAAUGUCUCAGCCUCUAAAUUCAGAGCAAUGUACCGUUCAUGGAGGACACAGUUACACAAAUUUGAUAAUAUCAAACACUAAUCUCUUCCAAGGACCACCUAAAUACUGUUCAAUAUAUUUGAUUCUAUCCGA